GGUCCUCCUGUUCUCCAUCCAUCGCUAUGAACACGGCGAUUUCUGGCCCCACCUCGCGGAGUCGGACUGUACCACGACUGGUGCCGGACGGGGACGUGGGUACAACAUUAACGUCCCCUGGAAUAAGACGGGAAUGUCCGACGCUGAUUACUACAGUGUAUUCCAUAAGCUGCUGCUCCCCAUCGCUCACGAGUAUCGGCCGAACCUCAUCCUGGUCUACGCUGGAUUCAACUCGGUGCUUGGGGACCCCCAGGGCUGCAUGUUGGCCACUCCUGCCUGCUUCGCCCACCUCACCCACAUGUUGAUGCCACUCGCUGAGGGCAAAGUGCUGCUAUCCCUGGAGGGGGGCUUCAAUCACCGAGCGACAGCCGAUGGGAUGGCCGCCUGCCUGAAGGUGUUACUGGGGGACUCCUGCCCCCAGCUCAUCUCCGUCGCCUCCCCCAGUCAGAGCGCCAUGGAGACCAUCUCUGCCGUCAACGCUGUCCACCGCAAACACUGGAAAUGUCUACAGAACCGCGAGCUGAGUUCCUGGCGGGACAGCCAGUCCUUUGUGGAUGUGGAGGAGCAGUUGGAGAAUCCCGAGGAGACGCUGGCUGUGGUGAUGGAGGAGGUGUUGCGGCCCCUCCCCGCGGCCUGUACCAGCUUACUGUACGACGAGAGGAUGAUGGAGCACCACAACCUGUGGGACUUCCAGCACCCGGAGCAGCCGCGGCGAAUCUCUCAGAUCUUCAGCCGUCACCAGGAGCUGGGUCUGGUCGAGCGGUGCCUCCACAUUCACGCCCAGAGUGCCACCGAGUCCCAGCUGGAGAUGUGCCACGGCUCCCAGUACAUCAGCACGCUCAAGGCAACCAAGGACAUGACCCCCCGGGAGUUACACCGUCAGUCCUGCGAAUACAACUCCAUCUUCAUCUCACCUCAGAGCUACAACACGGCGAUGCUCGCUGUCGGUGCACUCUUCACCGUGGUGGAGGCCGUGAUCACCGGGCAGGUCCAGAACGGGGUGGCCAUUAUCCGACCGCCCGGUCACCACGCUGAGAGGGACGUUGCCUGCGGCUUCUGCUUAUUCAACAACGUGGCGUUAGCCGCGCGUUUCGCUCAGAACCUGGUCGGCCACAAGAUCAA